AUGAGUGACGAAAGUUAUGUUGAGUAUAGUCAACGAACUCAAGAGUUGCUCAAAAUGAUUUCAAAUGUUACAAGUCAAGUGCUAUCAAUGAAGAAUAUAGAACAUACGAUUGAUGCUUAUAAAAAUUGCUACGCAAGUUUAAACAGGAUUUCAAAUGUCGAACUUCAAGAAAUAUCUCAGAAAAAUGCAGAUAUCAUAAAUAGAUGGAAUGAUUUAGUCAAAAUGAAUACAGAAUCAGCAGUUAUAAUCGUUAUAGAUCCUUCACUUCAUUUUCGAAAUGUCACUAAAGCAAUCACAAAACUUAACGAACUCAUUUCAUCUGCAAAUACGGAAGUAGAGAAUUUCUUAUGCGGGUAUGUUAACCGCUACAAUAUUUUUGUUCAUCAAGUUGAUACAGAAUUAUCCGCAGCCGAGUUCACAAUUACUAAUCCGUGCGAAGGAUUUGAUCGCCGAAGACAAGCUUUAAAUGAUGCCAAAAGAAAACUCAUGGAGCUUCGUCAACAAGUUGAAGAACUCGAAAGAUCAUACUCAGAUGUUAAACGCGCAGGAAAGACAGAGCAUGCAACUAUGACACCAGAACAAGUACGUGCUAAACAACAAGAAAUCUUUAACACAAUUGAUGAAAAAUUAUCCGAAUUAGAUAAUGAGAUUCAGCUUGUAUUAAACUUAAAAAUAACAGAACAAAAAUUCUAUGAAUUAAAACGAGUAUUUGCACAACAUGAUUUAAAUAAAUCUGGUGCGCUUGAAUCUCAUGAGUUGGCGGCGCUUUUAAACUUUCCAAAGCGGAAGAAUGAUGGUGCGAUAAUAAGUGCACUACUCUCAGAGUAUGGCAACGGAAAAUCCAUUUCGAUGAUUGGAUUUUUGCAAAUGAUGGCUGCAGAUGCAGCAAGACUUCUAAUGCAGGAUACAGUUAUUAAAUCAGUUCCAAAAGGUAGGAUAUUUACAAAAGGAAUACACCAUGUGUAA